AUGGAGGCAGCGUCGUGGACCUUUGACGGCCAGGUGCGGCGGUUCAACUGCAUCGUGGGGCGCCGCAAGAAGAAGAAGGACUUUGAGUACGAGGUGCAGUGGCAGGGCCUGACGUCCAUCAAGUUCAACCGCUGGAUCCCGCGCGCCGAGCUGGUGGAGAAGGGCUUCCAGAAAAAGGUCAACGAGUUUGACCAGAAGAAGGCGGCCGCGGCGCUGGGUAGCGACAGCCGCCCCCUGACGCGCGCCAACGUGGAGAAGUUCCUGGGGGACUUCGGGCUCGACCCCGAGUUCGCCUGCCACUCAAACAUCCGCGGCCUGUCAGGCGGCCAAAAGGUGAAGCUGGUGCUGGCCGCCGCCAUGUGGAACAGCCCCCACUUGCUGAUCAUGGACGAGCCCACCAACUACCUCGACAGGGAGUCGUUGGGCGCGCUGGCCACGGCCAUCAAGGAGUUUGACGGCGGCGUUGUGCUCAUCAGCCACAAGUGA